AUGGCCAAAUACACCUCCAAACUACAAGGCUCCUCCGUCCUCAUCGUCGGCGGCACCUCCGGCAUCGGCUACGGUCUGGCCGAAGCCCUGGUCGAGCACGGCGUGGAGAAGCUAUGGAUCUCGUCGUCCCGCGCCGCCAAAGUCGACUCCGCCGUGCAGCGCUUGAAGACCGCAUACCCGGAAGCGACAACAACAACAACCAUCACCGGUCUGACCUGCGAUCUCUCCGACGAAGCCACCCUGGAAGCCAACGUGCGCAAUCUAAUCAGCCACAUCGAAAAGUUGGACCAUAUCGUCUUCACCGCCGGCGACCCAUUGGCGCCCAGCCAAUUGAGCGACGUGACGGUCCAGUCGGCCGUAAAGGUAGGCAUGGUCCGCUUCUUCGCGCCCCUGAUGGUCGCCAAGUACGGGAGUCCGCUGCUGACUCCGGGCCCGGCGUCGUCGAUUACCUUGACGACCGGCGCGGCCGCGGAGAAGCCGGCUGAGGGGUGGACGGUGAUUUCGUCGUUCGCGAGCGGCCUGUUCGGCAUGGUUCGCGGGUUGGCGUUGGAGUUGAGGCCCGUCAGAGUCAACCUGGUCAGUCCCGGCGCCGUGGUGACGGAGUUGUGGGAUGCGUUGGGGCCGAACAAGGAAGCGGCAAUGGCCGAGUAUGCGAAGAAACAGGCCACCGGGAGAGUCGGCGCCGUCGAGGAUGUGGUGGAGAGUUAUUUGUUCUUGAUGAAGGAUCGCAAUGCUACGGGCACGGUGGCCAAGUCGGAUGGUGGGGUGUUUUUGAUGUGA